AUGGAUAAUUCUGAAGUUUCUAACGUUGCAGAGCAACCUGAAGGUGAGUUCAUUGGUGAAGAAGAGGUUGGUGAAGUUGUGGCUGUUGACAAUGGGGACAAUAUGAUGGAUGUUGAAGCUGAUGAGGAUGAGGAAAUGGGAGAAGGCGAGGAAGUUGGGGAGAGUCUUGAAAUUGAUAUGUCCAACAAUUCUAACGGAUUUUUUGACAAGCAUACAGACUCUAUUUUCUGUAUUGCACACCAUCCUAGUUUGCCAUUAGUCAUGACUGGUGGUGCGGAUAAUGUGGCGAACUUGUGGACUUCACACUCGAAACCACCUAAGUUUGCUGGGUCUCUUCCUCACACGGAGUCUGUGAUCAGUGGUGGGUUUACACCUGACGGGAAGUUCUUGAUCACUGCUGAUAUGAACGGUAAGGUGUUUGUGUAUAAGUCUAUGAAAGGUGGUGCUCAGUGGAAGGUGUGCAGCGAGCUACAGGAAGUGGAUGAGGUUGUUUGGUUGAAGUUGCAUCCUGUUGUUUCUGGAGUGUUUGCGUUUGGGGGUGUUGAUGGGUCAGUGUGGUGUUACCAGUUGAAUAACGUUGACGGGUCAUUGUCGCAGAUUAUGUCUGGUUUCUCUCACCAACAGGACUGUACGAUGGGUGAGUUCAUCAACGUUGAGGAAGGUGAAAACAACUUGACGUUGGUGACAUGUUCGUUGGACAGCUCUAUUGUGGCAUGGAACUGCUACAUGGGCCAGCCAUUGUUCAAGAUCACGCAAGCAGACGUCAAGGGUGUCGAGGCACCAUGGGUUUCAUUGUCUGCUGCUCCAAUGGCCCUUACAAAUAACACUCCGGUUAUUGCUGCCGGUUCGAACAACGGAUUGCUAGUUAUCAUCAACUGUACCAACGGAAGUGUGCUAAAUUUGACCACAGUAAUAGAAUUGAAGCCGGAGCAAGACGAGUUGGAUGCGUCCAUCGAAUCUAUUGCAUGGUCUCCUAAGCUUCCCUUGAUGGCUAUCGGGUUGGUGUGCGGUGAUGUCUUACUAUACGAUACAAAGACUUGGAGAGUGAGGCACAAGUUCGAAUUGGAGGACUCCGCUACCAAAUUAGUUUUCGACAGCAAUAACGGUCACAACUUGAUUGCAUCCUGCAUUAACGGUAAAGUAUAUAUCUUCGACGCUAGAACCGGUCAAGAAGUACACGUUUGUGUUGGUCACAACAUGGGUGUCCUUGAUUUCAUCCUAAUCGAGAACAACAAGAAGUUGAUUACCGCUGGUGACGAAGGUGUCUCGCUAAUUUUCGACCUACCUCAAUAA